CUGGUCUCUGUCCAUUUUAUACAAAUAAGAGUCUUACAAAUUCUUAGGAAUUGACAGUGUUUAAUUUUAAUUGGGUAUUAAAACAUAGAGGAAUAUAAUUCCUGUAACAGAGAGGCAGGACUUGCAGCGCGAUCUACAUCACAAAUAGAACUGACUUCUAUUUUAGCCCUUAGCAACACAGACGCUCGUUGGCACGUGCAAGCAGUAUGGGUGCAAUAAUUAAAUUAUAUAGAUUUCUAAUUUUAUUUUGCAACGCGAGCGGUGUAGUCAGCCUGUUUGGAUUUCAACAACUUUAAUAACUUAUUUCUAGUUACUACUAAUGUGUAAAUAUUACUAUUGUUGCUAACUUGACUGUCUUAAUUGUCAAAUUUAUCAGACGUCAAUUGUUAUACAACUUCAUGGGUAUCACCUUUUCUUCAAAUCUGCUGUUGUUGGCAUUUAACCAUCUGUCUGACUUUGUGAUUCACACAGGAGAGAGACGGGACUAUCGUGGAUCCUCUGGGGAUCCUAAACAACAUCAUGAUGCUGACGAGGCAGAGAAGAGUCUCUCCAGAUCAGAACUUCUCAAGAAACACCAACAGAGACCCACAGGGAAUAAAUCGAAUUGCUGCUCUGACUGUGGGAAAUGUUUCAUAAGAUCUAAUUCACUAAAAGUACACCUGAGAAUUCACACUGGAGGGAAAUCUCACUGCUGCUCUGACUUUGGGAAAAUAUUCAAUUCUCCAGUAGACCUUAAAAUAUAUAAAAUAAUUCACACUGGAGAGAAACCUUUUGUCUGUGAUCACUGUGGGAAGAGUUUUAUUCGGCUAAAAACUCUGAAAACACACCAGAGAAUACACACAGGAGAGAAACCUUAUAGCUGUAAUCAAUGUGGGAAGAGUUUUUCUACAUCUAGUUAUCUAAGGAUACACCAGAGAACACACACAGGAGAGAAACUAUAUAGCUGUAAUCAAUGUGGGAAGUGUUUCACUCAGCUAAAUAGCCUGAUAGUACACCAGAGAACACACACAGGAGAGAAAUCUCAUCAAUGUGGGAAGAGUUUUACUACAUCUAGCCAGCUGACUUUACACCAGAGAACACACACUGGGGAGAAAUAUUAUAGCUGUGAUCAAUGUGGGAAGGGUUUUUCUCGGCCAGACAGCCUGAAUAUACACAAGCGGACACACACAGGAGAGAAACCUUAUAGCUGUAGUCAAUGUGGGAAGGGUUUUACUUCAUCUAGCCAGCUGACUUUGCACCAGAGAAGACACACAGAAGAGAAAUACAGUGCCUUGCGAAAGUAUUCGGCCCCCUUGAACUUUGCGACCUUUUGCCACAUUUCAGGCUUCAGACCUUGA